UACCAGUUAACAAUCAAUAUUCAUUAAGCUAACAAUUAUUAUGUGGAUUAUAUUAAUAUAAUAAAUACCCAAUAACCCAAUCUACUAUAUAAUAUUUACCACAAUUUGGUUGAAUAACUAAAAGCUAGAGCGUGAUAACGGAAAGUGAUACCGUGAUAAUAGAAGAAAGCAAAAUGCAACCGUUUACUAUAAAUUCAAAGGAUGUUAUUCAUUUAGAUCUAAAGCAAGUAAGGUUGGAUAUAAUCGUAGGAAUUCGUGAAUGUAAUGACCGUGGUUUAAUACAGACAGCAAAAUGGCUUGCUGAACUUAAUUAUUCUCUAAAAUGUCAUAGCAUGCCACAUACUGAUCCACCUAAACUUUAUGAAGAUAUAAUAUUAGAAGACAGAGAAGCUUAUAUCUUAGCAAAAACUUAUUUUGACUGCCAGGAAUAUGACAGAGCUGCUCAUUUUUUAGAGAACUGCACUAGCCCAAAAUGUAUUUUUCUUCACAAAUACUCUCAAUAUUUGUCAAGUGAAAAGAAACGACUGGAUAAUGCUACUGAUCUAGGUGCUGAAAAUGCAGAAUCAACUCAAGUUUUACUUGAUCUCUUAUCAUAUUUUAAGGCAAACAGUAAUAAUUUGGACGGUUAUUUAUUAUACUUAAAAGGUGUGGUUUUGAAAAAACUCGAUUUAAGAAGUCAAGCAGUAACAGCACUACAGGCGGCUAUCAGUGCUACUCCCAUAUUGUGGUCGGCUUGGGUUGAGAUGGCGGGCUUAGCUAAUGACUACGAAGCAAUAGACUCAUUACAGCUAGAAGAACAUUGGAUGAUGUACUUUUUUUCUGCUCAUGCUUAUGUUGAACUGAAACUCUCAGAACAUGCACUGGAAACAUAUACUGCUAUAGCUGCUGCUGGCUUUGACAAAAGUACCUAUGUAACUGCACAGAUGGCUAUUGCACAUCAUGAUAGAAGAGAUGUUGAUACAGCACUUGAAUUGUUUAGAGACCUACAUCAAAGUGAUCCUUAUCGCUUAGAUAAUUGGGAUGUAUAUUCACAUCUUUUGUACUUAAAAGAUAAGAGGAUGGAGUUGGCAAACUUAGCACAGAAAGCUGUUUCCAUAGAUAAAUAUAGAGUUGAAACAUGUUGUGUUAUAGGUAAUUAUUAUAGCUUACGAAGUGAACACCAAAAAGCGGUGAUGUAUUUUCAAAGAGCACUGGCACUGGACCCUCAGUAUUUAUCAGCCUGGAUCCUGAUGGGCCACGAGUUUAUCGAGUUGCAGAAUUCUAAUGCAGCAAUACAAUGCUACCGGCAAGCUAUAGAUGUUAACAGAAAUGAUUAUAGAGCAUGGAACGGACUUGGUCAAGCAUAUGAAAUACUGGGAGUGAAUGGCUAUUGUAUAUAUUAUUAUUCAAGAGCUGCACAGCUGAAGCCGGACGACUCGAGAAUGUUGGUGUCUCUGGGCGAGGCCUAUGAAAGGAUGGAAAUAAUACCGAAUGCAUUAAAAUGUUAUUACAAAGCUCACAGUACUGGCGAUAUUGAAGGAAUGGCACUUUUCAAGCUUGCCAAGUUGUACGAGAAGUGCAACAUGCCCAACAGCGCGGCGGCGGCCUACACGGCGGCGGGCCAAGAGCCGGCCCACGCGGGCAGCAGGGAGCUGCCGGCGGCGGCGCGAUACCUGGCGCAGUACUACCUGCGCUUCUCACUGCUGGAUCACGCCGCACACUACGCCUACAAGUGUCUGGAGCACGACUCGACCAAAGAGGCCGGCAAGAAUAUUCUCAAAUCAAUAUCAGAGAAGAGACUCACUGCGUCCACAUCUCAAUCGCCCAGCAUCCCUGAUGAUGUGCCCGAAGUCUUGAGGCAAGCUUCGACAUCUCUCACUCUAGAGUCCAAACAGAACCUUCCAAGUCCGAACAUAACACCCGACAACUUCUCCACACCAACUAUCACCAGAAGAAGCAGCAAAUACAAAAUGUGACGGACGCACACGACUACGUGUAUGAUGUAAAUAAUACUUGUUGUUCUUAAGUAUAUAAUAAUUCGUGCAUUA